CCUAAACCAAGAUGGCAGCCUCCAUGUGAUGUUUUGCUUUACUGAACUGUUUGUACUUUUUCCGAUAUAAUUUUAAUAUAAUACUGUUCUAGCACUAGCAUCGUCACACUAAAUUGCACAAAUGUUAUCAAGAGUGUCUAGAGUGUGUACACGCAAAGCUGUGCUCCACAUAAGUUUUGUAAAAUCAACAUUGGAAGGUCUUGGAUGUACAAGUAGAAGUUGUUCCACCACAGGAGAGUCCAUAUUUGGACCCAGCUUUGAAGACGAGAAUGCAAUACCAGAGUACGACACCAUAAACAUUAACAUAAAAGGCUAUGACUUUGCAGUGCUGGAAAAAUAUGCAAGAUAUGUGCAUAAUACAGCCGAAAAUAUUGGUAUAAAUGUCACAAACAGCUGGCCAGUACUGCCACAGGCAAGUCUUGUGCAGAGAAUUAAGCAACGGAGCAACCUUGUGGAAGCCGAGUAUAACCUGUCGUUAUACGAGAGAGUAGUCCAGGUGGAUAAAUUACCUUCUACACUAGCUACAAUCCUGCUUGAUGUAAUACAAACGUCUCUACCAGAGGGAAUCCAAUUCACUAUGAAAUACCAUACACAAUUGGCCGAUAUUUCACGUUACAUCCCAGACAGGGAGCUUAAAGAGUUGGAGGCACAACUUACUGAUCUGGGAGGCCCCUCAGAAGACCGAAAAAAGAGGCGGUGAUCGUAGUCAGCGUGAUUUCAUUGAUUACACCGGUGGUUGCCAACUGUAAAAAGCAUCACUCAAUGGUGGUCUUGCUUUGCACGUGCGAACUUGCACAGUAAGUGAUACUUACGUGAAAAAAGACGAGAAUGUUUUUAUAUGUAUUGAUAGAAAACAUGGAAUAGAUUGUGUGAGAAUAGACACAAAACACAAAAUCGCAAUAAAAAUCUAGCACUAAACAAGCAGCUUUGUUUAUAACAUUUAUUGCAUGGUAUAAAUAAAUGGUGGAUCAAAUAGA